AUGAAUUUAUCAAGCAAUACUUGCACAUGCAAAACUGGCUACUUUGAUACUUCAUCUAAUACAUGUAAAGCUUGCACAGCUCCUUGUGCUAGUUGCUCAGGAUCAGCCACGACUUGCUCAAAUUGUUUAGACUCAGAUAAUAUGAAUUUCUCAAGCAAUACUUGCACAUGCAAAACUGGAUACUUUGAUACUGGAUCUAAUAUAUGCAAAGCUUGCACUGCUCCUUGUGCUGAUUGCUCAGGAUCAGCUACUACUUGUUCGAGUUGUUUAGACUCAGAUAAUAUGAAUUCAUCAAGUGGUACUUGCACAUGCAAAACUGGGUACUUUGAUAGUUCAUCUAAUACAUGUAAAGCUUGCACUACACCUUGUGCUACUUGCUCAGGAUCAGCCACUACUUGCUUAACUUGCAAAGACUCAGAUAAUAUGAAUUUCUCAAGCAAUACUUGCACAUGCAAAACUGGCUACUUUGACUCAUCAUCUGAAAAAUGUAAAGCUUGCACAGCUCCUUGUGAUACUUGUUCAGGAUCAGCUACUACUUGCUCGAGCUGUUUGGACUUAGAUAAUAUGAAUUUAUGAAGCAAUAUGUGUUUAUGCAAAACUGGGUACUUUGAUACUUCAUCUUCAACAUGUAAAGGUUGCACUGCGCCUUGUGCUGAUUGCUCAGGAUCAGCAACUACUUGCAAGAGAUGUAUGGACUCGGAUAAUAUGGAUUUAUCAAGUGGUACUUGCACAUGCAAAAUUGGCUACUUUGAUACUUCAUCUAAUCCAUGUAAAGCUUGCACAGCUCCUUGUGAUACUUGCUCAGGAUCAGCUACUACUUGCUUAAGUUUUUUAGACUCAGAUAAUAUGAGUUUAUCAAGCAAUACUUGCACAUGCAAAACUGGAUACUUUGAUACUGGAUCUAAAACAUGUCAAGCUUGCACAGCUCCUUGUGCAACUUGCUCAGGAUCUGACACUACUUGUGAUAGUUGUUUAGACUCAGAUAAUAUGAAUUAUCAAGCAAUACUUGCAUAUGUAAAACUGGGUACUUUGACUCAUCAUCUGAAACAUGUAAAGCUUGCACAGCUCCUUGUGAUACUUGCUCAGGAUCAGCCACUUCUUGUUCCAGUUGUUUGGACUCAGAUAAUAUGAAUUUAUCAAGCGGAACUUGUACAUGCAAGACUGGUUAGUUUGAUUCUGGCUCUUCUACAUGUAAAGCUUGCACAGCUCCUUGUGCUACUUGCUCAGGAUCAGCAACUACUUGUUCAAGCUGUUUAG